AUGAGUAUCACAUCGUCUAAAGCCGAACAGCAUUCAAGGACUUCCGUUCCAAAUCUAAAAAUUGAUACUAAAAGAGAUUCUACUAUUGAAGAAUCUUUAAAAACUUAUCAGCUUUUGGAAGCACUUCGUUCAGGCGAUACAACGGUGCUUUCAUCACUUUUGUCUAACUACAGUUUACCAACAUCGUCACAAAGCUCAAUUACCAGCGACAGUAAUCAUGUUAUACCACCUUCACCCCUUAUACUUGCAGUACAAUGUGCAACAAUGACCACUAUUGAAUUUAUUAUUACAAAUUUUUCUCAUAUUAUUGAAAUUAAUCAAAGAGAUCAACAUGGAAAUACAGCAUUACAUUAUGCCGCAAAAUCAGGAAGAAUCGAUAUUAUUGAUUUAUUAAUGAAACAAAAAUAUAUAAAUGAUACUAUAACAAAUCAUGAGGGCAAGCAACCGGUAGAAGUUGCUAAAAAUCGUGAAGUUGUUAAUUUUCUGGAAG